AUGAAACUUUCUUUUGCUGCCAAUGCAUGGGAAAGGCCUUAUGCCAAUAUUGUUGUACAGAAUCUGAGGAACAUCGAGGCCAUCCUUUUCUACGAGUACAUGAUUUAUUUUAGGUCGAGGAUGAUUUUCAAAGCGAAACAGAAGCCGAAAAAUGGGUCUAUGUGUAAAAUUUGCUAUCGUCAAAUUAAGGACUUCAAGUAUGAUUUCUGUUCAGAGGGCUACAAGGUAAAGAGCCACGAAAACAGUAUCAAGUUGUACGAGGAAAAAUGUAGUAGCAAGAGAUCCUUGUACUUGGAUUCUAAUGGAGAUGUCCCUUUGAGGGAAACUAAUGAAGUUGAAAUAAUAGAGAGUAGUACGAGUGGAGAAGACAAGAUAUUUAACCGUAAAAGAAGUUGA